AUUUGAAACAAUUAUUAGCGAAAACCGGAUAAACACACCAGCUGAGUACGCGCGUGAAAACACCGAGAACCGCACACAAAUACACACGAAUCAACACACAGCUUCAGAGAAUAAUUUUGCGUGUUAAUCAAUGAAAGAGAGCAAAAAUACAAAAAAAAAGCAAGAAAUGUGCAAAAAACAUUAGCAAAACAAAGCAAUAAUUUCGUGAUUGUUUUUGUCAGAGAUAGUGCAUUCGAAAGAUACUUUGGCGCAUACUUACAUACGUGUAUAUUUAUAUAUUGGUUUGCGGUUCAAUGACUCUACGGCGAAUGAGUCGCGUGCAGCUCUCACACAACACCAGCAUACACAUUACUACAUACCAACAUAAUUUGAUGCGAUAAAACUGCACUGCAGUAUUUGCAUUUGACUCAGUAAUAAUAUUUACAGCGUGCAGACUGAUUGCUAUAAAAUAUAAUAAAAGAAUAUAUGAAAAUGUGUUCCAGAGAUUUCACAAGGCCACCGCGUGAAUAUUAUAAGAUGUUGCUGAUAGUGGGAAGCAUAUUUGUCGCCUUGCUUGGCGUGACAGAAGCUCAAAAAGAGGUAGGUGAGUCUUGUGAAAUAAAAUCGAAUAGAGGCAUCUGUUUGGAGGCGAGCAAAUGUAUGGAUCUGCCAUAUAUCAUGAGUCAACUAGGUCUGAAAAGAAAGGAUAUAAGUAGAUGCGGUUUCACAACGUAUGAGGAAAUAAUAUGUUGUCCCACUCUACCAGUACCUACCUCAACGAUAAAGACACGCUCCGAUGAUCGGCCAGCUGUUAGGGCCUGCAAUGAAAUCAACGAUAAACUACAACCUCUACUAACACCCCACAUUCUGGAUGGCACACCCGUCGAGCUUGGCGAAUAUCCUCAUAUGGCAGCUAUUGGUCUGAUGAAUACCGAUGAUGAGGUAGAAUAUAAUUGUGGUGGCACUUUGAUUUCGAAUCGUUUCGUUUUGACUGCCGCACAUUGUUUGGUCACACGUCAAAUACCGGUGACGGUGCGUAUGGGUGUGGUGAAUUUCAAUAAUCCGGAGGAAAUGAAGUCCGUAGUCGAAGUGAAAAUUAAGAAAGUUCAUAUACAUCCCGAUUACACGAGCGCUACUGUUUAUAAUGAUGUUGGUUUGUUGGAGCUAGAAGAGGAAGUCGCUUAUACCCUCAACGUGUUUCCAACUUGUCUCUACACCGAACCUUCUGAUCCACCACCUAACGCCCAACUCUACGUCGCCGGUUGGGGUGUUAUUAAUAGGCAGACUCGUGAAAAAUCAAAUAUUUUGCUUAAAGCACGACAGGUGAUUGUCGAUAAUGUUCGUUGUAAUGAGAGUUUUGUGGACAAUGGUUUGACGCGUCGCAACCGUCAAGGUAUUAUUGCCAGUCAGAUGUGUGCUCACGAUCCUGGUUUGACAAAGGACGCCUGCCAGGGUGAUUCCGGUGGUCCCUUGACUUUGGUGGUGGAUGAGGCGUUAAACAAAUAUAGUGUUGUUGGUGUAAUUUCAGCCGGCUUCAGUUGUGGCAGCGCAACUCCGGGACUUUAUACGCGUGUGUCGGCCUUUUUGGAUUAUAUUGAGAGCGUUGUUUGGCCCAGUUGAUAGCGUGAGCGGCUAAAAGAGUUGAGUGUUCUGCGUUAAAUUUGUGCCAGCGAUAAAUUUAAAAAUUAAAUUAGUUAAUUAAAAUAAUUAAUUUAUAUAAGAAUUUCCAAAUUGUAACCGAAUUUUAAAGUUAAUAAAAACCUUUCAUGUAAUUUUUAA